UAUUCUUUUCCUUCUGGACAGAUAACAAAUGACCCUUCAGCUCCUCGCUUUACUCAAAACAGUUCAAGCACUCUGGUUUUGCUUCUGAUCACAGCUUUUAUUUAGCUCUGAUAACCCACACUCUGCCUGACAACUCACUGGGUGUCUGACCAUCAGGGUUGUCAUGCUUCUCCCCAGAUUUCCUGUCCUUACAAAAGACACUGACCAGAGUUUUGCUGUGCUAGAGCUGCAGCCAGGAGACACUGCACAACCAGAGCUCCAACUGUGCUUGUUAACAUGAGGUGACAACAUGAAAUGGCCUUGCUAAGUUUUACAAUAACAGGAGAGAAUAAAACAAGAAAAUCAGUCCAGGCAGUGGAAUGGCAGAAAACCAACUAGAUAUAUUAAUCUUGUCAACAAGGGCUUAGCACUGCUGCCAAAAUGUUGCAGGUCUUGUUUCUCUAGCAGCUGUUCUGUGAAGGGAAGAGUGGCUAACUAUCCUGCUCUUCUAAUGAAAAGACUGCUUAUUUAUAGGCAUCAGAUCUUACAGAAGUAGUAGCCAAAGUGGUGUCAGAAAAAAGUAAAGGGAACAAUUGCAUGAAAAGGUGGCUCGUGGAAAAACACUGAAGGAAGUGAUUGCAUUAAGUUCAGAAAACAUAAGAUUGACUAAAAGAUGUAAUUGUUUUGACAUACAGAAGAUUUUUAGGAAAUAAAAUUCCACCUUUUUCCCCACGCUAUGGUAGGAGCAGGCCAAGAGGUAGUUUCUCAGGAAAAGGACUUUGUUUUCUCCUGUUCUCUGUCAUCUGAAAGGAAAGUCACUGCAGGAGGCUAUCCUAGGGACUGUGAAAUCUCCUUAAGUGGAUGAGAAAUAAAGAACAACCCAAUUUUAUUUUGGAAUGGAGUAAAAUGACUUUAAGCACAGAUUCACAACAGCUAUUGCUUGGUUUGGUGUAGUUAAGAUUCCCAGAGGCUCAGCCUGGUGCAACUGCCUCAACCAACCAAUGCCUUGGGGCAUGACUGCCAUUCCAGCUCCCCAGGUCUCUCAUCAAACAUUUAGUCAGACUUAAUAUCAUCAGGUCAUAUCUCUUACCACUCUUCAGACUUGGCUGGGAAGGCAGCCUGGGUAUGCAGGUUUGUGUAAGCCAAAAAUACUCGCAAGAUUUGUUAAACUAGAAAUGUUUGUAUUAGGAAAUGUUUGCUCAGAGUUUACAGCUGCAUUAAGCUCAUGGAAAUAUAUUGUUAUGUGAUCCCUACAUGCACAGUAAAGAUUCAAUGCAGUGUGGUACAAGUUGUGGUGAGGCUCAUGAUGCAGCUCUGUGGUGACUGACAAGAAAAUCCCCCACAUUCUAGGUGUUAUACAGCAUCCAUCAACAGGUAUCCCAGGCUAGGAUCUGCAAGUCCUGUUGCAUCUUUGCCCUGGAUUAGCCCUCAAACACAUACCUGCACCCACACAUAUAUUUAGUGACCAACCAGACCACAUUUACAGCCUGUCUCCUUUCUCCCUCCCAGACCCCUUUCUCUGGAAUAUUUCCAUGAUUCCUGCUUUUAAAUCAAACUCUUGUUUUCAAGUCCAUUUGAAUACAAGAGAUAGGUAAGGUGAAGUAAAAGGACAAUGUUAAUUCCUGAAUGCUAAUUCCUGAAUGCUAAUUCCUGAAUGUUCUCAGUGAUCUGUGGAGACAAUUGAGGAGGAAGGUAAUUGGGCCAGUGGAUGGUGACUGCUGCUGGAAGGAGACCCCAGCCCCAUUUCUCCUCAAGCACUUCCUCCUUCUUAAGGUAAUGAGGUCUUCAGGGAAAAUUGUGAAGAACAUCUAUUUAUUGCCUUCUCAAAAGAGGAAUUUGCAGUUGUUUCCUGUCUACCUUCCUUCCAAUGCAAUGAGAGAACCUGCCUGAAGCAGGACUGCUGAGCAGCUGCUGCUCUUCAAUUGCAGAGCUGGCCUUCUGGAAAAACCAUUCACCUCACAAUACCUCAUGGGAAUUGUUUAUCUAUACAAUGUGUACAAAAAAAGCCACAAACAGUUUUAACCUGAGGAAAAUACAAAUUUGAUACAAAGGAAAAUCUUUGUCACAUAUUCUUAAGGAUGCCUACAAGACCAGGGUAUUUCCCUCCCAAUAUCACUAUCUCCAUCCCAUUGGAGGAUAAAAGAAGACUUAUUCCAAAUGCAGCUGUCUGCAGACAGCUGAAACUGGAGGAGUUAAGUACAUUAACAAGUUCAUCCUCAGGACUUGUUUUAUCAGUAACUUGUGGUCACUGCAGGACAGACCUCAGCGACAGCAUGACCUUGGGCUUGCCAUUUCUUGGUUUCUCUCUUGGUAUUUCUUUCCUCCUUAAGUCUCUACAUUUCUUUGAGACAAAACAGUACCUUUUUAGGGGUUCUUUAUUCCUGAACUAAGAUACCAUCUGGAAAUGGUCUUAGCACGAUGCAUUUAAACACACAAAUGUUCACAUAAGGUUUUUGUGUGUACAAAGUUGUCAGAGAAAAAACAUGAAUGUAACAGCUGCAUGUAAAACCUGGUUCUUUUUGCUUACAGUGUUCCAUCAGUAUUUAGCUUACCUUAUCAGUAUUCACAGCUUGUUUUCUGUCUGAUCAAGAUGUCAACAGUCCCUGCAUCUCACACUGUUCCUCUAUUAAACACCUUGCGUCAUUCUACAGCUUAUUUUGAUAAAAUUUGUUCAAACCUCUACAUGGACAGAGAAUUGCCAAGUUUUCUUGACACUUUCAAUGACUUCAUGACUGAGGCUGAUUAAAACAUCACAAACACGAAUUUUCUCUUCUCAAAGUCACCUGAAAAAAGACAAGAGUGCUUUUAGAUAAUUUUAUCCUCUCCUAUACCAUCCUGACUUAUUCCUGAGGCAUAGGACCCUAUUUCCUGGGCUUUGAACCACUUAAAACAUAGAAGUUAACUGAAAAAUAUAACUAUACCUUAGUGUCAAUUUAGUGAUUCCACAGUUUAGAGGUGUGAUACAUAUCUGCUGGUAUGUGACAAAAGUAUGUUCCUAUUUGAUGUGGACUGUGACCAGUGUAGACCAGCCCUUUCCUGCCUCCACGGAGCUCACGAGCUGUCAAGCUGCAGAGGUAACCCACCUCACUGGGGACAGUUCAGUAAACAGCACAGAUGAACUCCAGUGUGUCCUUGGCACCUCCAACUUCAGACAUCUGCAGGAAGCUGCCUUUGGAAUAAGUCUUUUCAUGCCAAGCUUCUGACUUGCUCUAGAAUUGUUUUGAAAAGCAAGAUACCUUGUUUUCUUUUGUCCAUGGAAUUCCCAUUUUUCCAUGGAAAGAUAACAAGAAGAACUUGUGAAGAGCUGCUGAGCAAGAAAAAAAAGAAUGGCAGCUAUUUAAUACGGGAGAGUGAGAGUGUGGAAGGAGCCUUGUGUCUCUGUGUUUUCUUUGAGGACAUCAUCUACACUUACCGUAUCUUCAGGGAACCCCAAGGAUAUCUUAGAAUACAGACUUCUGAAGGUGUUCCAGAGAGGACCUUCAAAACAUUAAAGGACUUAAUAUACACUUUUGAAAAGCCAAAUCAAGGACUGAUAACAAGCCUCCGCUACCCAGUGAAGAAACCGAAUACCUUGCAAAGAAGCCAGAAGUUCGAGUCAGGAAUGGACAGCAUUUAUGAUGAAGAUGAUGAUGAUGAUGGUGAUUACAUCAAUGUCUUACCCUGAAGGAUCUGCACGUGAUGGUUUGGGAAGCCGCGGUUCCAGGAUGUGCCCUGACACAGCACCUCAGCUGGGGAGAGCUUCCAGCUGGUUGUCCUCUGCUCUGGGUCUGAAUUACGCUCCUCCUUUUGCAGACUGUCACAGUAGCUGCAUCUUCUACCAGUAUAUCCAGUACAAGCUAUUAUGCAUGUUUGCUCAGCAAUAAAAGAAGUACUUUUUGUUACAGACACAUACACACACACACAUAGGUAUGGGGGGAAGUAUCUUGUGUCCAUAUAUGUGUCUUCUGGUCAUUUUUAGCCAGCAAAUUGUCCAAGAUUUUGACUGCUAGAGUGAACAUUCGGCUAGAAGGCAGCAACAUAAAUGCAUUAAAUGAAUGGGCAUAAAGCAGUAAUUUAUGGCAGAAUUGAUAGGUGUUGAUAAAAACCAUAUAUGACAAAACUUUUGCCAUUGUAAGAUGCUUUAAAACUCCCAAAUUCUGUUAUUUUGCACAUGAUUCAUGUAAUUUUCUCUAAAAAAUCCUUUUC